AUGUGCGAUCUCCUUCAUCGAAGAAGGAGAAGACGGGUUCUUGAACACCAAAGUUCAAUCCCCUGCCCACUUUGCCACCAUAGAAACGUCUCCUACAAGAAGCCCACAACCACAAAACCGCUUCCCCAAACGUUGAAAUCCACCUCAUUCCUCUUAUGCUGGUCGUAUUCUUCAAUGGCGGAGAUCGAUGAUACAAUUGCAAUUGAAAAAUUCUUCAAUGGCGGAAGAUGCGAAGGAAGGCAGUCAACGGUUCUUCAUUCCUCUCCCGUCAUCAGCAGUAAAGAAGAUGAAGGGGAAGAUCCCCCGGUGCUCAUCUUCGUCGGAUUAAGGAGGAGAAGCACGAUUGGAAUCAGAAAUCGGGAAGCACCUCCAGUGCUUCACCGAUUCAAAGAAGGAGGAGGAAAAUAUCGAUUCCCGGUGAGCCUUCCAUGA